GGGGGGAGGGGGGGCACGGCAGCGUGGGGCGAGGCGCGAAGCGGAGGUGAGCGUUGAGUGCUCGGUGGUGGUGGCCGCCCUGGACUCGCCCGGGAUUGCUCUGCUCCGGCUGCUUGGAGCGGAGCUGACGAGGAAGGUUUCUGGAUCCUCCCUGGCCAGGGGAUUUCUCACAGCCUCCAGCCAUGCGUCUCUCUGCCCUACUGGCCUUGGCAUCCAAGGUCACUCUGCCCCGCGACUACCGCUAUGGGAUGAGCCGCCCAGGCUCUCUUGCAGACAAGAGGAAGAACCCUCCGGGGACCAGGAGGCGCCGGGUGGCCGUGGAGCCCGUCUCGGAUGAAGAAUGGCAUCUGUUCUGUGGGGACAGGGUGGAGGUCCUAGAAGGCAAGGAUGCUGGGAAGCAAGGCAAAGUGGUCCAAGUCAUCCGGCAGCGCAACUGGGUGGUCCUGGAGGGACUGAACACGCACUACCGUUAUGUGGGCAAGACCGCGGAUUCCCGGGGAACCAUGAUCCCCAGUGAAGCACCCCUGCUCCACCGCCAGGUCAAACUCGUGGAUCCCGUGGACAGGAAACCCACUGACGUGGAGUGGAGAUUCACGGAGGCAGGAGAGCGGGUACGUGUCUCCACAAGAUCGGGAAGAAUUAUCCCCAAACCUGAGUUUCCCAGAGCUGAUGGCAUCGUCCCUGAAACCUGGACUGAUGGCCCCAAAGACACAUCAGUGGAAGAUGCUCUAGAAAGAACCUACGUGCCCCGUUUAAAGACACUGGAGGAGGAGGUGAUGGAGGCGAUGGGGAUCCAGGAGACGCGGAGACACAAGAAAGUCUAUUGGUACUGAUUCUGGGAAUCAGCUGGAGAUCAGCUUCUCCCCUCCUUGUCUUAGCCUCGAAGGUCCAGGCCACCUCUCCUUCAGACACCAAGAGAGAGCCAGGAGUUCCCCCACACGCGUCUGCUAGAUCGGCACCUUAACCCAGCGCACCUGUUUCUGGGACUGAAGGAAGGGGCAUCUGUCCUUACGUUGUGACAGCCUGGGUGGAAGUUAGGCAGCCUCCACAGGGACAGGGCCUGCGGGUUCUGGGAGACCCGUGAGUAACGAGACGCUACCCGUCGGGGAGGCUGGAGGGAGCGGGGGUGGAAAAAUAGAAAUGGCAGAGAAAUAAAGAUUUCAUUUAUUUAAAUAAAUUAAAAAUAAACCUUUA